AUGGAUAGUUUCACAUAUCUUUCAUUAUUUAUUUUUGUAGCUGUUGCUUCAUCGUUCACUCUUCCUGAAUUACAUGUUAUCAAGAAGAUAUCAUUUAAAUAUCCAUAUAGUUGUCAACCAGGUCCAUCAAGUUAUGAAGGUUGUGCUCUUUUUCUGACCGAUUAUGGUGUAUUACGAAAUAUGCCCGAUCUUUUGUAUAAUGGAGCUUGUGGUUCUAGCAAUACCUUUGAAGUGAUGUUAGCUGGUGAUAAUUUCGGUAUGUUAAGCGAUUUAGGUGAUGUACCAUUGGAAAAUGUCACAGCAUCAAAAGCUUUCAAUUACAAUCGUAUAACUGGUGACGACAACACAUUCACUAGCACUAUCAAAGUAGUUAGUGGACAUACUUAUGCCGCACUCUUAGCUAAAAGUGAAAUUCGAGCAUUGUUCGUUUUUCGCGUUGAAAGUUAUGAACGAAGUGGUCCAGCUACAAUUUCAUAUGCUGUUAAACAAUAUGGUAUCAUUACAUUAUCACAAGAAUCACCUGGCUUUUCUUGGGAUGAACCAAAUCAUUGA